CAUGGAGGAGAAGAUGGAAAAAUGUUCGCUACAAAUCACUGGUAUGACUUGUGUUUCUUGUGUUGCCACUAUUGAAAGAAAUCUUCAAAAAGAAGAAGGAAUCCAAUCUGUUGUAGUGGCACUAAUGGCGGGAAAAGCAGAGGUGGUAUAUUAUCCGGAGAUCAUCCAACCUGCUGCCAUUGUUGACUUAAUCACAGAUUUAGGUUAUGAUGCAACCGUGAUAGUAGAAGACAAGUCUGAACCUGGGAAAUUGGUACUUCACAUUACAGGAAUGACAUGCUCGUCUUGUGUUCACACUAUUGAAUCGAAGUUAACAGAAGUCAACGGGAUUUUAAAUGCGUCAGUGAACCUCACCACCAAUAAAGCCAAUAUUAAUUUCAAUCCAGAAAUAUUGGGUCUGCGCGACAUCGUCCGAGUAAUUGAGGGUCUUGGCUACAAAGCAUCUGUUGCUAGAAGACAAUCAACAAUAAAAUAUCUAGACCGAAAAGUAGAGAUAAAACAGUGGAAGAAGUCCUUCUUGUUCAGUCUUUAUUUUGGCCUCCCUGUCCUUGCUUUAAUAAUAUAUGUCGCGGUGAUGGACCAAAAGCCCAAUAUCCCCAUGGUUCUUGAUAAAAAUAUUGUUCCGGGCUUAUCAAUCAUUAAUCUACUUUUCUUUAUUCUGUGCACUCCGAUUCAGUUUUUUGGAGGACGGUACUUCUACAUUCAAACCUACAAGUCUCUGAUACACAAAUCUGCCAGUAUGGAUAUGCUGAUCGUUAUGGCCACUACAGUGGCAUAUCUGUAUUCCUUGGUAAUACUGAUUGUGGCCAUGGCAGAAAAGGCAGCGCAUAGCCCAGUGACUUUCUUCGAUACUCCACCCCUGCUGUUUGUCUUCAUUAGCUUGGGAAGAUGGUUGGAGCAUAUAGCAAAGAGGAAGACUUCAGAUGCAUUGACUAAGUUGCUCUCACUUCAAGCUAUGGAGGCAACAUUGGUAACACUAGGACCAGACAACUCAAUACUGAGUGAGGAGGAGAUACCUGUGGAUCUUGUCCAGAAAGAUGAUUUUCUCAAGAUCCUCCCUGGUCAAAAGUUUCCCGUGGAUGGAAAAGUUGUGGAUGGUACCUCAGCGGCAGAUGAAUCUCUCAUUACAGGAGAGUCUAUGCCAAUUGUGAAAAGACCAGGAAGUAUAGUGAUUGCUGGAUCUAUUAAUGCACAAGGAACUCUGUUGAUUAAAGCAACCCAUGUUGGUGCAGACACGACAUUAUCACAGAUUGUCAAACUAGUAGAAGACGCGCAGACAUCAAAGGCUCCCAUUCAACAGUUUGCAGAUAAUCUGAGUGGAUACUUCAUUCCCUUUAUUGUUACAAUGUCUUUGCUUACAUUCGCUGCCUGGGUUACCGUUGGAUUUGUUGACUUUGAAAUCAUGAAAAGGGGCUUGCCAGUUUACAGCACCAAACAUAUUUCCAAAGCUGAGUUGAUUAUCAGAUUCGCAUUUAGGACUUCCAUUACGGUAUUGGCUAUCGCAUGCCCCUGUGCUUUGGGACUGGCUGCUCCUACAGCUGUCAUGGUGGGGACAGGGGUCGGUGCACAAAAUGGCAUCCUCAUCAAAGGUGGAGAACCACUGGAGAUGGCACGCAAGGUAAAUGUGGUGGUGUUUGACAAGACUGGUACAGUUACACAUGGUGUUCCGACAGUAAUAAAGGUUCUGGUACUGGAAGACAAAACUAAGCUUCCACUGAAGACACUACUUGCAAUUGUAGGCACUGCAGAAUCUAGUAGUGAACAUCCUCUUGCAAGUGCCAUCGUCAAAUAUUGCAAAGAAGAGCUUGGCACAGACGUGCUUGGGCAAUGUACGGAUUUUGAUUCUGUUCCAGGCAGUGGCAUCGUCUGCAAAGUUACCAACAUUGAAGCCGUGCUGAUGAAAAGUGAACAGAGUCCCAGCACACAACAGUCCACACAGAUUAAAGAUGCAGAGCCUCAGAUUUACAAUGUGUCGAUUGGAAACCGGGAGUGGAUAACACUAAAUGGUUUAUCUUAUGGAUCUGAUGUUGACGCAACAAUGAUUAAACAUGAAAUACAAGGACAGACAGCAGUGUUGUUUGCUAUUAAUGGUGUGCUAUCUGGGAUAAUAGUAAUUUCAGAUACAGUCAAACCCGAAGCUGCAAUGACUGUCAGCAUCUUGCAACGCAUGGGAGUGAAUGUGGUCCUCCUAACAGGUGAUAACCACAACACAGCAGUAGCAGUUGCUAGCCAGAUUGGCAUCAGGGAAGUGAUUGCAGGAGUCCUUCCCUCCCAAAAGGUGGCUAAAGUUCAGGAGUUCCAGCAACAGGGUCAAUGGGUAGCAAUGGUCGGAGAUGGCGUCAAUGAUUCUCCCGUCCUUGCUCAAGCUGAUGUGGGAAUCGCCAUUGGAUCUGGCACAGACGUGGCCAUUGAAGCAGCUGAUGUGGUGCUUAUGAGAAAUGAUCUACUGGAUGUUGUGGCCAGUAUUGAUAUAUCCAAAAAAACUGUUACUCGAAUUCGAAUAAAUUUUUUCUUUGCCUUAGUUUAUAAUCUGAUUGGAGUCCCUAUUGCUGCUGGAGUGUUUCUCCCUUUCGGCGUGGUGUUACAGCCAUGGAUGGGGUCAGCUGCAAUGGCAGCUUCCUCUGUUUCUGUUGUCCUCUCCUCGUUAAUGUUGAAAUUCUAUAAGAAGCCAAAAUUAGAAUCGUUGCAUUACCGAGCAUAA